CCCGUUGCAGCGCGCUCCGGCGCUUAGGACUUAAAUAGCGACUUUCUACUUAAACUAAAUGCGACUGGAUUACUUCAAUAGUAAUAAUAAUAACAACAUACUGUACAGCUAAACUUAUUAGGAAAUAUUUAAAGGACUUAAAAACUACUUUCUAUGGCGCGGAAGAAGGAAAAGAGAGGCAGAGAUUUAGCGGUGGAUGGAAUUAUAACUAAGUUGGCUUAAACAUUAAUGUGCAGGAAUAAGUAAACAUUAGCUUUGGGAAGUAUGUGAGCCUGCAUACAGAGAGGUUUGAAAAGAUUUCUUCUGCCAGUUUGAAGACAAAGGCACCAGAAUGGUGAAGCAGGGCGCUCAACGUCGCGCUUUGUCUCGCUCCUUCAACAACUCCUCUCGAAUAGAGCUCUUGUCGCCUUUAACCCCUUGGACACCUCCGUCACCUCCGACCCUGGAUCAUGACCCGUCACCCGUUCUGGAGUGGAAUCCAGACAUCGUUCCUGACCAGGUCUACCUUGAUGCCGCCGCAAUUUUCCGAAACUCACAGAAGGACAAGGUUAACUCUCAGCGGGUCAUCAGUUAUGGGAAGCGGUCGAAGGUAACUGCGUUGAAGGUCAAGGAUGAGGUGUGGAAGCGCAGGGCCUAUGAGCUGGCCUUCAACACGCUCAAAUAUCAAGAGCUGCUAGAGGACAUCCUGAUCGACAGCAGCUUAUAUUUGUCUAAGCCAGUGCCAGACGAUCUGAUGAGUUUGUUGGCCAUCAUGUUGUACGACUUACAGGACCGUAAGUUCCUCCCACGUAAACGACCGACCAACCAGGACAUGCAGAAGGAAGUAGCUAAGGUCAUAGAAGUAGAAAACUGUCUGCUCAGGUUUAAGACAAAGCUGGCAGCAUCUUUAGCACGAUGCAGAAUCAAACACGACCUGCUGAGCAUCGACUGCAUGCUGCCAGAGAGCGUCAGGCAGAGGCAGGAGAGAGGGUCCCAUCUGCCCAUCUACGCCUGGAUUAAUACACUGCACACUAGCAUGCAGGAAGUGUGUGAGGUGUUGAAGAGUGCAGGUUUUUCCCACGUGAAAUCCAUCACACAGCUGGAAGGACAGACGUUCUGUCAGGACAUCCAGUUUCUCGAUCUGCUGGUGUUUCCCACGUGUGUGAAAAGAGAACUACACAAAACAAACCUGCUAAAAGAUUACAGGCUGGUCAUCCAGGAUAAGUCUUGCUGUAUUGCUCCAUGGGCAUUGCUCCCCUUCUUGGUUCAAGACAGAGACAUGAUUAUGGCUGGAUCGUUCUCCGCAGCCACUGUAGCUCAUACAGCUGCCAUUGUCACUUCUGCACAGGCUAACAUGCACACGAUUCAUCACUCUAGUAAACAGGCUCGCAGCAGCAUGAGGAUGUUUGUGUGUGUGGGAAACUGCUCAAGAGUUCAGAGAGAUGAACUGCAGGAGGUGCUCAGCAGCAUGGGCUGCAGCAACGUGAAGCUCCUGCCUGAGGCUCUUCACACACUGGAUGCGUGUGACACGCGUCUGCAGAAGGUUCAGCUCAUCCUGCUGACUCCGCAGUGUUCUCUCUCUGCAGUCUCAAACCCUGUAGACUACCUUCUGCAGGAGAAUGGAGAAAAAGAGCUGCUGCAGGAUCUGUCCCAGGGCUCUGUCUCGCAGUCCAGACUGCAAACACUUGUUUCCGAACAGAAGCGAGACCUUCACCAUGCCCUCCGAUUUCCCGGAGUGCGUGUGGUGGUGUACUCCACCUGCUCUUCACUUCCAGAGGAGAACGAGGAUGUGGUGAAUAGCUUUCUGACGCCCACAGAGCAGGACUCCAAACUACAGCCUUUCACGCUUAGUCACCCGUCCCUCCUGCUCUGUGAUCAAGAGGCUGGCAGUGGAGAAAAGAAGGCUGACUUUUUCAGGCUGGAUGCUUCUGAUCAGAGUAACGGCUGCUUCUUAGCGGUACUCAUACGGCAGCCUGAGACAGAAGUGACGGAGACAGCACAGGAAGUAAUAGCUCGCGCCACAGCUAGCGGCUUGUUGGACGGGAUACAGCUGAUCAAGAAAGAGGGUCAUGGUCGACAGACACGAAAAAGACCUGUGCAUCAAUCUCGCCGGCGACCCCGUGUCUCUGUUAACAGCCAGCUGCAGGUGGCCGAGUUUCUGAACCGUGAGGCAAAAUUGAAUAGCUCAGCUCCAGCAGCAGCACAGGAGAGGACAAACAGCACGUGCUCACCUUGGGUCUCAGGAAAAUCCAAACCAACUCCUCCGCACUUGUGCAAGCAUGCCUCCUCCAGCACAACCUCAACCUUCUCCAAUCCAAGCCACACCUCUUUAAUUGCAGGUCCCCCCACCACCACCACCACCACCACCACCACCACCACCUACUCCUCCUCCUCCACUGGCCUGAUCUCUUACACAGGCAGUGCAGCUUCCUCUACUCCCUUCAACACUGCCCAAACCUUCUCCACCACAGACCCCACCUUAUAUAGCUUAAGCUCCACCUCUGACAUCAAUGGACUCUCCAUCACCUCCAUUUCCAAGGGCCCUGCACCACCCUAUAGGACGCUGAAUCGAACCAAUGGCCACCGAGCUGCUGCUUCUCAAGUUCCACCCCCUGCUCAGCCCAGAGCCAGACAGGAAGUCCUGCGUCCUGUGCUGAUUUCAUUUCCUCCUCCUCAGUUCCCAUCACUGUGUCCAACAUCUGCUCCAGUAAAGCACAAUACUCCUCAAAACUGGAGGAACUGGACACGCCCUGCCCCGCUGACACACCCUGCCCCGCUGACACACCCACGAUUUCGGGGCAGCCUGCGGCCCUGGUUCUGACAAACACACACAUACACACAGUAAUAGUGCCAAAAUUAGGUUCGUCUCUGUUUUUUACUCAAUGACAUUCUAUUUUUGUGUAAUAAUUUGUAAGAUCUGUUUUAUUCUCUAGGU